AUGAAUGCUCCUGGCCAGUUGCCCAUUGGACCUUGUAUAGGUUGCAGUACAGUCACAGAUCGACUUGUCGCAUCAGAUAGAAUCUUCCACAAUAUCCACAACCAAAAAUUGCGCGACAAAGAGCAAAAGUUGCGCGAAGCUGAAAAAAAAGUCCGCGAGUUAGAAGAUCAAGUCGAAACCCUGACGAGAGAGGCAAACCUCAUGAAACCAUUCCUCAAAAUCGGCGCCCAGAUACGAACUCACAAAGUAUCGACGGAAAAGAUGAAGAUGGAUUCGACGCUACAGAUCAGGAUCGCGGGGUCUGGAGAGGAACUACUCAACAUUGGCAACGCCAUCGCAGACGCGCUUUUAUACCAAGAUAUUGCUGGGAAGUAUAAGCGGACGGACGUGGAAGUUUAUAAACGCAUGUACGCUGGCUUUCAUCCCGAUUUCGUCCUAGCCAGUAAGCACUGCACUCGCUUCCUGGACAUACUUAGUUGGCGUCGUACUAUGGCUUUCUUUUAUGAGCAGCCGUAUUAUGAGAAGGAGAAGUUUCAAUACACAGUCUUUGCGCGCCAGAGCCUGAAGAUGAAGGAUAAGCUGAGAAGAUGGUCUGGAGAGGAGUUUGAAAGUUACUUCAGAACAGAUGAGGAUGGAGAAUGCGCAUACCAAGACAUGAAAGACGAAUACGAGAUAGAAUUGGAGAAGUAUCGCGAUUUUGUGAGGAGAGAUGGAAAGAAAGGUCUCGGAGGAUUUGUCGCGAAGCUUUGGUCAAAAUGA